AUGAUCUUGUUGUUUGCAAUUUUUUUAAUUAUGUAUCAGCAAAUGUUAUUGUUAUUAUUGUGCACAUGUUAUUUAUUUUUACAGAGCAUCUUUGGGGAUGAACUUCGUGAUCAACGUGAUAGAAAAACCAAACGGAAAUGGCAACCAUUGGAUAUUUUAAUUACCUUGACACCACAACAAGGCAUGUCAGGUCCAGCUGAAGUACAUGCACAAAUUGAUUUACAUGUAAUAUGUAGUGAUAAAUACCCUGAUGAAGCACCAAAAAUAGAAUUACAGAAUAGUAGAGGCUUAUCCCAUUCACAAAUUUCAGUAUUAAAUAAUGACUUGGUAGAACUUAGUGAGCGGUUACAAGGAGAAGUAAUGAUCUUCGAAUUAGCACAACAUGUUCAGAAAUAUUUACAUAAACACAAUAAACCGAGCUAUAAUAGUUUUUAUGACGAAAUGGUAUCUAGGAAUCAAGAGAAGAUAGAAUAUGAAAUGUUAGAAAAACAAUUAAAAGAAGACAAAGAGAGACAGGUAUUGCAAGAUGAGAUUCAAAAAAGACAAGAAGCUCUAAAAGCGGAACAUCGUAAUCGGAAAGAAUCCAUUUGGCUAUACAGCGAACAACCGAACAAUCCGUCUCAAUCGAUACCGUCAUCUCCUCAAGACAGAUCACGGAUUUAUUCUCGGAGAAGAUGUGUCAGCAGUUCAGAAAGUUCUGAUAGUUAUUUAUGCGAGCACAAGGGCACGAAAUUGUUACACUUCGUUUACAAUAAAGGUGAGCGACAAGUAUAUAGAGCAAAAUGCAUGGGCCAUAGUCCCAAGGGGUCGGUCGUGUAUGCAGGCGUAGACAUGACGACUGGAGAAUUGUUCGCAAUUAGCGAGUGGACGUUAAAGAUAAAUAAUAGCAUUGAACAGAGUAGUAUUCAACACAUUAUGAAACAAGUUGGAAGUUUAGAACAAGAAGUAAACCAUUUACAUAAACUACAUCACCCAAAUCUUGUGCAUUAUUUAAAUAUGAAGUACUUACAAGAAGAAGACAAUAUAUUUGUUUAUAUUCUUCAAGAAUUUGUAAUUGGUACUAGUUGUUCCUUUUUCUUGCUGGAAAAUAUCCCAGUAGAUAUUGAUCUUCUUCGAUACAUGGCAACGGGUAUUCUAUCUGCUUUGAGGUACCUUCACGAAAAUAAUGUUGUCCACAAGGAUUUGCGCGAUACAAGUAUCUAUAUUGAUCAUACGGGAAUAGUAAAAUUGUCUGACUAUUCUCUGAAUAGAAGACUAUCUGAUAUUUAUCAGUUAUGUACACUAGUUAAACCGGAACCUGAUUUUCCAAGUAUCCAAGGAAGAGGCGGAAAGAAAAUAGAUAUUUACCGCUUUGGCGUCCUCAUGUUCUCUUUAUUAAAUGGCUUUAUAGUUUCCGGAGACAGAAUUGAUCUAACGACGAUUACACAGCCUGACCUCCAAGAUUUUUUAUCAAAAUGCCUUAUCAGUGAUGAAAGAAAACGUUGGUCAGUCGAACAACUAUUGCAACACUCGUUUAUAAAAACACCUUUGGGCUAUGCUUUAUCGCCACCGAAACUACCUCGUAGAGACGAACAAGAAGAUCAUCAACCCGAGAAACCUGACGUGGAUAUUCGACAAUACGUGCCUCCGUUAGGUGGUCAUUCAAGAAUUACGAAUGAAUUCGAGAUUCUUAAAUGGCUUGGCAGAGGUGCCUUUGGUGACGUUAUCAAAGUUAAGAAUAAGUUAGACGGCGGGAUUUAUGCUAUCAAACGGAUAAAACUGAAUCCACGGAAUAAACAGCUUAAUAGAAAAAUUACUAGAGAAGUGAAAUUAUUGUCUCGAAUGAAUCACGAGAACGUAGUACGAUAUUAUAAUUCAUGGAUAGAAAGUGCCAUUAUAACUGAUACAAUAGACAUAGAUAGCUCUAUACUAACUUCCGAUAAUAAAAGUCUAGAUCCUCCAAGUAGUUCGAUAAUAGAUAACAUUGAAAGAUUAGCACCACCUUUGAAGGAAGCUGAGUGGAACGUUUCAUACAAAUCUCGUACGAAUACAACACAUCCUGCUGACAGUGAUGACGAUAAUAGCGAUGAAUCUAGCGACAGUGACAGUGACGAAGACUGUGGGUUUAUAAGGCAACUGAGAAUGGAUUCCUCCGACAGCAUAGAGUUUGAAAGGGACACGAACUAUCAAUCAUCCGCAUCAGAUAUAAAAGAUGAUGAAAAUAAGAACGUGACUGAAUCAGAAGAGCCAGUUAGAGAGAUUCAAUUUAUGUAUAUUCAAAUGGAAUUCUGUGAGAAGAGUACUCUUCGUACGGCGAUGGACAGUGGACUUUAUGAAGAUCAAGAGAGAGUGUGGAGAUUAUUUCGAGAAAUCGUUGAGGGUUUAGCGCAUAUUCAUCAGCAAGGAAUGAUACAUAGGGAUCUGAAACCAGUAAACAUAUUUUUGGAUAGUAAUGAUCAUGUAAAAAUCGGAGAUUUCGGUCUGGCGACAACAAAUAUAUUGUCAUCUUUCGUUCAAAUGGAGACCGAUAAGGACGGUCAAAGUACAGAGAAAGGGUUUAGUUAUGGUACCGAAGAUCUGGGUUCGUUAACCGGACAAGUAGGUACAGCGCUUUACGUAGCUCCUGAAGUUACGACGAAAGCAGCGAAAGCCAUUUACAAUCAAAAAGUCGAUAUUUACAGCCUUGGUAUCAUACUGUUCGAAAUGUGUUACAAACCCCUAGCCACAGGAAUGGAGCGCAUCAAAGUUUUACACAAUUUGCGAUUGAAAGAAAUUGUACUUCCUCCAGAAAUACAACAAUCUGAUAUGUCACGACAAGUUCAUAUCUUACGCUGGUUAUUAAAUCAUGAUCCUAGCCAGCGACCCACAGCUCAAGAACUACUUUCUUCUGAUUAUUUACCUCCUCAGCGUCUCGAGGAAACAGAAUUACAAGAAAUGAUUCGACGCACUCUUUCAAAUAAUCAAAGUAAAGCGUACAAGUACUUGAUAUCUUGUUGUUUCAUGCAAGAAGUUAGUCCCGCGGAGGAUUUCACCUACGAUAUGAACUUACCCAGCAAGGUUCAUGUGAACUCUAUCUCUUGGAAGAGAAAUCAGGAAAGAGUGAAGCGCAAAGUUAUCGAAGUUUUUCAAAGGCAUGGAGGCGUUUAUUUAGGAACACCUUUACUGAUACCGAAGUCCCAGCAGUUCUGCAAUUUUUCAAACUCCAAUGUUCAAUUAAUGACGCGAAACGGAAAUAUCGUUUGUAUUCCCCACGAUCUACGUACGCCGUUCGCAAGAUACGUUGUAUGGAACAAUGUGCCUCAUAUCAGGAGAUACGCUAUUGAAAGAGUUUUUAGGGAGAAGAAGGUACUAGGCUUUCACCCUAGAGAACUCUAUGAAUGCGCGUUCGAUAUAAUAAGUCCGACGCCUGAUAAUCUUUUAAUGGAAGCCGAACUGAUAUAUAUCGUUUGGGAAAUUAUCAACGAGUUACCUCCGUUGCAAGAACGAAAUUUUACUAUUCGCUUGAAUCAUACGUCCUUAUUACAAGCUGUGCUAAUGUACUGCGGAAUCGAUCAAGAAAAAUAUCAAGAUAUGUAUUCGAUUCUUCGAGACGCGCGCGAUGGGAAGUUUACUAAGUUUCAAGUGCAGACGCAUUUGAUAAGCUUGUGUCUAACCGAUCAAGCAAUGGAGACGUUAUUUAAUUUAUUUGAAACUGAGAGCUCUAUUGCUAAAAUUCGUAGUGUCUUAAAAACGAUUACACGAAGAAAAGGAGACGCUGCUGCUUUAGCUAGAGAAGGAUUAAAAGAGAUCGAGACAGUUACGGAAAAUAUAGAAGCGCUUGGUGUGAAGUGGCUAGUGGUCGUCGUACCUCUUCUAGUACAUAACAUAAAUCAACACAGUGGUAUAAUUUAUCAAAUAACUUGCGAAGUUACAAGACAUAAAAGAAGAAGUGGAGAGGAAGUAAUAUCAGCAGGAGGUCGUUACGAUAAGAUGCUUAAUUCUUUUAAAAAGAUUCUUGAACCUACCGAAAUGGCUAGCAAAGAGAUUAAGCAAUACGGCGCUGGAAUAAGUAUUUCAUUAGAGAAACUCGUUUCCGCAGUCUCGGAGAUGACGGAUUCCUUGGACUGUAAAUAUGGAAUUGACGUAGCCAUCUCUUGCAUAGGCAAUCGUAAUCGAGAGAAGGAAAUGAUCGAUCUUCUAAAAGAAUUGUGGAAUCUCGGACUGAGAGUAACGAUUUUAGAUAUUCCGUCCCUCGAAGAAAUACUUGAACAUUGCCGAGAAAAUUCGAUCAAUCACGUUAUCCUACUGAAAAGCAGUGAAAUGGGAAGUGUAAGAAUACAAAGCUGGGAACGCGAUAGGUUCCAAGAAAAGAGAAUGGGCAAUCAAGAAAUUGCGGAAUUCUUUCAAAGAUUGGAAAGCUCUACACCCAUCCUAAAUAGAUCUGAAAGCAAAACUUCAGCAACUGAUAGUUUCUCGAGUAAUAAUCCAGUUAACGUCAAUAUUAAUUUCAUCUUAUCGGAAAGAGAUAAACUUUCUAGUAGCUCCAGGAGAAGUUUGAAAAAUUCUAUGAUAGCACAAAUGUCCCCCCAUUUCCAGAGGAUAACGCAUAAAAUACCAAUCGAAGUUUUUGCAGUAUUUUUAGAAAUGAAUGUUAUACGAACGAUAAUAAGUUUCUUGGAGAUCGACGAGGAGAACCAAAAUUUCUUAAAAAGUAUACAAGUUAUUAUAGAUAAACAUCCGCGACAUAAGAAAUAUAUAAAAGAAAUAUGCGAAGAGAUGCAGGAAGUUAGGAAAGAGAAGCAACGGCCCGUAUUAAUAUUAUAUAGUUUAAACGAUAGUCAAUAUAUGACUCUUUUUAAACAUAAUAUUUUCACGAUGGAAAGCUUUACGGAAACGUUUAAGUUUCACAAACGUUCUUCCUCUCAGUUGGACAAAUGUUCUUUAGAGAAAAGCGAACUGGAAGCUCAACUGAAUAGCAAGAAGAAGGAUAUCCAAGAGAAACAGAAAAAGAUAUUCGAGCUUCAAGACAAAGUUAGCACGAUGACACAAUUAGAAGCUCAGAUAAAGGAAAAAACGAAAAGAUUGGAAUCAUUUAGUAAAGAGAGAGACACUCUCGAAAGGGAGUUGAUCACAACAAAAUCUGAGUUGACUGGCAUAAAAAGGACACUAGAGUUAGAACGUCAAGAAAGGAGAGAUUUAGAAACAAGGGCUCUUAGCUUAAUAAAAGAUGCUAAGCGUAAAUGGGAGAAUGCUGAGAGGGAAAAGAUAGCUCAGUUAAAUAAACAUAUUGAAUCACAAACCGUUAGGAUAACAGAAUUAUGUACUAGCAACAAUGAGAUGAGUUCAAGAUUACAAAGGACAGAAUGUGAACUUGAGACAGCUAAUGCAGAAUUGCACAAACUUAGAGUAUUUCAGAUGCAAUAUAAGGAAUCCCUGGCUAAAACAAGAGAGCUUAAUAGACAAAGUGUUCAAGGUGUUGAAACCAAACUGGAAGAGAUAGCAGCAAGGGCUCAUAAUCAGAUAGCAGAACUUAGGUCAAAAUUAGAUUUGGAGGUAGCGAAGAACACAGAUUUAGAAACUAAACUAAGGAAUGAACAAGAUUCUAACCAUUGUCGUCAAUCAAGACUGAAUGUCGCUUUGGAAUUAGCUCAGAAUGAGCUGAAAGACUGUCAGGAACAGUUACGUAGCAUACAGGCAACAAUACCAGCCAGAGAUACAGAAAUAGAAGCAUUAAAAAAACAAUUGCAAGAAAGAUCAAAGCAAUUAGAAAAUGCUAUUGCAUCAGAACAAAUGGUCGCCACGUUACAAGAACAGUUGGAAAUUACGAAGCUGGAAAAUGAACAAUUGAAACAGCAGUUACAGGUAAUAAAAUCUGACUUGACUGAAACAAUGAUGAAUUUGGAACAGAGCGAAGCUCUUGCUCUAAACUUGGAACAAGUUGCUCAAGACAAAGCUGCGUUACAGAAAAGAUUACAGGAUUCUCUUGAUAAAGAAGAAGAGCAUUUGCGUAAAGUCGGUAAUCUAGAAGAAUUGUUGCGACGCUUGGAGCAAAGCGUUACUAAAUUGGAAACAGAGAAUGCUACACUCAAAUUGGAGACUGUACAAGUGCCAAGUACUAGUACGAUAUCUAAAAUGGAGAUAGUAAAGACAGAUACGCACUUGCAGGAGCAAGUGCGGAAAUUGGAACAGGAGCUUCAAACGAUGAAGGAAAAUUUAAGUGCAGAACGUCAAAUCACCAAGCAAAUGCAGCUUAAUUUAUGGAAGAAGGAAAAGGAACUAUCAGACGCGAAUUUGGAUAAACGAAUCGCAGUGAGAGAAAGUAAAAAGGCAGAUGAAAAAAUUAAAACGUUGCAGGAAGAGAAGCAGAAAUUGAUCGAAAGGUUAGAUCAAAAAGUGAAAGAGGAAGAAGAGAAAUCUAAAAGAUUGCUUAAGGAACUGAAUAGCGCAAAAGCAUCAUUGAAUGAUAUUACGAAAGAAUCUUCGAGAAAUAAAUUGCAAGCUGAUUCCGCUCAAAGAACUUUGACUCAGGCUAACCAUCAGAUGGAAGAGCUUCAAUCAUCGAGUGCUUCUCUGCGCAGAGAAUUAGACGCGGCACGGAAACAAGUCCGGGCCAACGAAGAUCGGGUCGAUAGUUUGACCACCGAGAAUCAUCGUUUAUCGCAAAGUAUCGCGAAACACAGCGAAGAAAAACGAGAGUUCGAAUCAAAGAUAGAAAAAUUAGAACAAGAAAUUAGAGGGUAUGAACUGAACACCGAACUUCUAAAGGAAACUUGUACGGUGCUCGAGGAACAAUUGACGGAUUACGAGAGACUAACAAGUGAUCACGAGACGCGAGAGAAUAUUUUGAUACAAGAUAAAAUGAAAUUGCAGAAAGAUUUGGAAGCUACCGAGUCGAAGCUUCGCGAAGCGCGUACGGCACAGAACGAGGAAAGAUCACGGAGGCUGACCGUGGAACGGAACAUUGAGAGGCUCGAGUCGGAAAUUAGUGAUAUCGAGAGCGAAAGGAAUAGCUUGAUCACACAGAGGGAUCAAUAUAAGCAGCUCGUACAAGAACUAAGCAGCCAAGUUGAAGAUCUGACUAAUAAAUGCGGAGAACUGGAGUACGAACUCUCCGAGGUGAAACGUUCAUUAGAAGCUACGAAAGGUGAAUCGAGAAUGGUCAAAGAAGAAAGCAGUCAACACUUGACGAGAGUUCACGAGUUAAAAGAGGCGAAUUUCGCGUUAAUGAACGAUUUGCAGAACAGCAUAGAUCAAGGCCAGGAACUUCGUACGAGGAUAUCCGAGUUAGAAAGCAUCUUGGAGGAAAUGCGACAGUUCUAUCAAGAAAGAGAAGUAAAAGCUGAGAGUACCAGACAGCAGCAAACCAAGCUGAUCGAUUAUUUGCAGCUGAAAUUGGAAGAAUGUAGUAAAAAGAAGAAAACAAUGUGCGAUAAAAUUCUUGGCCCCAAACAUAAAGAGAAUGUACCGCCUAGUGGCAUUGGAAUGCCAGUAGGGUAUCGAGAACUGGAGAAUCAGUUGACUAAAGAACGCGCCAAAGUCAAAGCGUUGACUGAUCAAUUGUUAGCCUUGAAAGCCAUGCACAUAACGUCAGCACCUUCAUCUCCCACAGCACCGCCCGAUAUCAGAAACGUCAAUUAUACUACGGAACAACUAACUAGCUCGUUGUCUAAACGUUUAACGCCGCAAAGAAUCGGACAUAACAUUCCGCAUCGAUUUGAAGUUGGUUUACCUAUGCGUGCUGGAAAGUGCUCAGCGUGUUUUGACUCGAUUCAAUUUGGAAAACGUGCGGCAAUUUGCAGCGAAUGUCAAGUAAUGACACACUUAAAGUGUGCAGUUAACAUUCCCGCUACGUGUGGUCUACCCGGAGGUUUCGUCAAACAGUUUGGCAAAAGUUGGAGAAACAGCGAUGAAAGUUUAUUGACCGGAAGCGUUCAAACUCUAUCUAUAGAUCAACCGGAUCAACCGGAGAAGGUAUACAUUUCAUAUCAUCAUUGCGUAUUUUGUAAUAUAAUUUGUUAUAAUAUAUCCUUUCCGUCCCCUGGAAUGUCGCCUGUCAAUCGUUUAGAUUUAAUCGACAAAGAUGGAUUCACAGUAUUAGAUACUGUGCAUCAGCCUGAUGUGAUGGGAACAGCAAAAUCUGAUAUACAGUUCAUCUUCAGAGUGGAAUCGAAUUCAUCGACCACUUGUUGGCCAACAUCACGUUUAGACAUUAUGGCUUUAAGUCAUACCGAUAAGAAGAACUGGUUGAAGGCCUUAAAGUUAGUUACUAGUCAGACUAACUCGAGUAAUAUUCAUAAGAGUAAAAAGUAUCAGACCAUAUUAAGACUAGAGAAAAAUCAGUUGGACUUAAACUGUGCUGUAAAUUUGCCGGAAGAGAAUGUACUUUUAUUAGGUGCCGAGGAAGGUUUGUUUUCAUACUGCGGCGUCAAAUCACGGACACUCACUGCAAUCCGCGGGGUGACGAGAGUGCACCAAUUAACUUUGCAUCCGCAUUUAGGAAUAGCUUUAAUGAUAGCUGGUGAAAAUAGGCAAUUAGUAUCUUGUGGUUUAAGGCAAUUAAGGAGCAAUGCCGUUGCUGCCGAAUACUCGAGGCCAGCAAUUAACACGACGCCAGUUUUAACUGGCACUGAUAGUUGCCAUUUAUAUCAAUUAGAAGAAGAUAUGCUUUGCGCAGCAACAGCGACCCACGUGAUAUUGCUCAAAUGGCAUACGGGAGAGGAGUCUGGAGAAUUUAUUGGAGUCCGAGAACUUGAAACGACCGAACCAUGUAGCUGUGCUAUAUUUACUCAGAAUAUCCUUAUAGUAGGAUGUAAUAAGUUUUUCCAGAUCGAUCUUCAGACUUAUUGUGUAGAUGAGUUUCCGGAAGAAGAUGAUAGCUCGGUGAAAGCAGCGCUAUCUGGAGUAGCGAAACUAGGCAUUUUCCCCGUUUGCGUUUUAAAUGUCUCCCCUGUACCUGGAAAAGUGGAGCUAUUGCUCUGCUAUAAUGAAUUUGGAAUGUUUGUAAAUGAAAAUGGCCAAAGAACUCGUAGUAUCGAUCCAACGUGGAAUCAUUUACCUUUCGCUUUCGCAUUCCGUAAACCCUAUUUAUUCAUCAUUCAUUUUUCAUCGGUGGAAAUUGUGAAACUCGAUAAAAAUGCAUACACUUCGUCGACGAAAAAUCCGGAGCGCAUCUUAAUCGAGUUAUCUAGUCCUCGGUACUUAGGAGUUGGUGGCCCGAAAAGCAUUUAUGUAGCAACCGUGAAUUCCUUUUUAGAAUUAUUAAAAAUUGAAGGUUCUUCCAAUAUACCGGAGCUAAACGGCAGUCUGACGAGUUUAGAUACAUUAGAUCCGGAUGACGAGAGCAGUUCGGAGUUCAGUUUUACGUCGAGCUUAAUGGAGAAUUUAGAUUGUCUAGGAAAGAAAGUACAUUUUGCUGGCAUUCCGAAGCAUUAAACAUAGUUCCAUAUUAGCAUUAAUAAAUGUUCUUUCCUCAAUAUUUUUAUGAGAAUCGCAAAAGAAUUGAGAUGAAGACUGUAUACAUUCAACUUUUUAAUGACAAAUUUUAAUGCGUCAUAAAAUGUGCCUAUAAAUUAUACAUUCUUGCCGAUACGUAAUGAAGGCAUAAUUAACGUAUACAUUGAGAGCUUUGAUUGUACAAGAGAUUUUGUAUAUUUAUUUUACAUUUACUUUAGUAUUCCGCUUUUUUUAUUAGAUAACUAGACUGGAAUCUCAAGUGUCUAUUAUGAAGAGGAACUUAAACAUACUUCAUAGUAUUAGAUGACCAAAUUUUCUAUAUUUAUAUAUGUAUAUCACAAAUAAUUUCGUACUUUGUGCAAGCUUCAGCUUUCCAUAAAAGUAGGAGAAUCUGAUGUUAAUAAUUAACUUUUGAUGGCUAUAUGU